UCAUGCAGUGCUAUCUCUAACCCUUUGCUGUGUUCUUUACCUUCCCUGCAGGUUACCUGUUUAUUUGGUCUCCUGUACUUGACUAGCGUAGCCGGUCUCAUCGCUUCUUCCGCCGUCAUCAUCCACCAGCUCGGCCGACUUCCCAAUACCAGCCGCACUUACUUGGACCCGAUGAAGCACACAUCCAUUCAGACACCAGCACUUCUCCCCGAGCUCUUGCCGGACACACCACGCCCAACCUCAAACCUCCACUGCUGCGUCCUGACCAAUGACAGCUUGAAGCCGCGGCCCACCGCUGUGCCAGAUCAGCCCGGUUCUACCUCUUCUUCCUAUCAGAAUAUGGUGCCUUGUCUCUGGGGCUCCAUCAUCUCUGCUCUUUCCUACUCAAACCCCUCGUCGGACAUCCAGACACAAGACUGUUUGGUGUCCGAAGUGAUCUGUCACAGUCACAUGAGCGGUUUCCCUCAAUGUGCAAUAGCUCGCAAUGGCUCGGCGCCUCUUUCCUCUCUAUGGUAUGCUCGUCUCACAGCACUUUGGCUUGGGUUUGCUCCAUUUAGUGAAAGCCUAAUAUUUUCAGACCCCCAUCUUAGCUCCAUGCCACCUUUUCAAAGAUGUUGCCCAGAGACGACUUUGCCAUUUGGGAAAUCGCCAUCUCUUCUCAUGCCCGGCUAGAUGAGUCUUAAAGUAAAAUAAAACCAGCAAAGUUUACAUAUGCAGUCAGCUCUCUCGGUUUUCUUUAAUGUUGCAUACGAACCAGCUAGAUGGCUUGGUUAUAACCGGGUUGUGGUGGGAUAUCAGUAUGUUGGGGAGAAGGUUGUAAAGAGGUUUUUUACAGAAGUGGCAUAUGCUGAUUGACAGUUUGAAUUUUGAUGUGUGAUGCAGUGUGCGCUAAUGCAGUAUGAACGAACAGGCUUUCUUUUCUUUCGCUUUCCGGAUGGGUUAGUUUGGUUGGUUUUAGAUGUUCUGUGAAACCUCCAAAGCAUCCAAGCAAAAAUAAUGGCAAGUGGUUACGUAAGUUAACAAAAGGCUCUGCUGUUAUGCGCGGAAGUGCGUGUUCUUGUUUUGAAUAGUUCGCAUGGUUUUGCGCAACAUGCCAAUGUCCUGAGGAGGACUGUUUUGUUUUGAAGUUCCUUCCUGUGAAAGCCUUUAUUUUCAAGUUGGGAAAUAGUUUGAAUUUAAGCCUGGUUUUGUUCAUUUUGGUUCAGAAAGGAAGGGUAGGAGAAAAACAGAAAGGGAUCAGUUUUACAAUGUCGUUUAUACAAUUUAUUUAGAUUGUAAUGGUCAGAUAGUUGAUGCCAUACCUCGUCCACAAAGUGUUCAUCGUAGAUUGCUUUAGUUUGUAGUAACAAUCCUCGAUAUUUAGAUAUCCUCAAGCAGUAAAAUAUUGCAGAACAGGCUAAUUGAAUAGAUUUGGGUUCAUUACUUGACUUUGUUAAUGAGUUUAAUUUUGGCUUUAUUUUAUGUUCUUUAAACAUAAUGUAAUUAAGCAAAUGGUAUUAAUAUUAUUAAGACUUGGACAUAAAAGUACCCUUUAAUACCUGAUUUAAAGAUCUCUUACAUAUCCACCAUUAUUUCUUAAUGGCUUCCAAAGUCUGUUAACAAUUUUUUUUUUCUGUCCCAAUUUUGUA